AUCAUAUCUAACCUAAUACAAAUCUUUUUAGAGUGAUCAAGUUCCUGUUGGACACAUUCCUAGAUCAUUAACAAUCUUUUGCCGCGGAGAAAACACCCGUCAAGCUUUACCUGGUGAUCACAUCGCGAUUACCGGCGUUUUUUUACCUUUAAUAAGAACCGGUUUUCAACAAAUUUCAGGAGGACUCUUAUCAGACACUUAUUUAGAAGCACAUCGAGUAAUUUCUUUAAAUAAAAGCACCGACGAUGAAAUCGCCUCUCAAAAUUUAACUCAACAAGAAAUGGCUACAUUAACAGAAGACGAUUUUUAUUCAAAAUUAGCACUUUCUUUAGCCCCAGAAAUUUAUGGCCAUUUAGACAUAAAAAAAGCACUUCUCCUUUUGUUAGUUGGAGGCGUCGAUCGGCGCCCUGACGGAAUGAAAAUACGUGGAAACAUAAAUAUUUGCUUAAUGGGUGACCCCGGAGUCGCUAAAUCUCAACUUUUAGGUUACAUUAAUCGUUUAGCCCCAAGAAGUCAAUAUACAACAGGACGUGGUUCUUCCGGCGUUGGUUUAACAGCUGCUGUUAUGAAAGAUCAUACAACCGGCGAAAUGAUGUUAGAAGGGGGUGCUUUAGUUCUUGCAGAUCAAGGUGUUUGUUGUAUUGAUGAAUUUGAUAAAAUGGCUGAUGCCGAUCGUACUGCUAUACACGAAGUUAUGGAACAACAAACGAUUUCUAUUGCUAAAGCUGGUAUAAUGACGUGUUUAAACGCUAGAGUAUCAAUAUUGGCCGCCGCAAAUCCCGCUUAUGGUCGUUACAAUCCAAAAAGAACGAUUGAACAAAACAUUCAACUCCCAGCGGCUUUAUUAUCGCGUUUCGAUUUGUUAUGGUUAAUUCAAGAUAAACCAGAUAGAGAUAACGACUUAAGAUUAGCUAAACACAUCACUUAUGUUCACCAACAUAGUCAACAACCCCCCACAGAAACUCCCCCCUUAGAUAUGUCAUUAAUGAGAAAAUACAUUGCGUUGUGUAAAUUGAAAGACCCAACUAUCCCAGCUGAAUUAACCGAAUUUCUUGUUUCUGCUUAUGUAGAAUUACGAAAAGAAGCUCGUAAUUCACGCGAUAUGACAUUCACCUCAGCAAGAAAUUUAUUAGGAAUCUUGCGUUUAUCAACAGCUUUAGCCCGAUUAAGACUUUCAGAUGUAGUUGAAAAGGAUGAUGUGAAUGAAGCGAUUCGCUUGAUGGCGAUGAGUAAAGAUUCUUUGAAUCAUUCGAUUGAGAAUAAAGGAACAAGACCAAUGAAUGUAAACGACAAAAUCUUCGCGAUUAUUGGCGAAUUAGCUGGCGAUAACAAAACGGUUAAAGUUUCUGAUAUAUUAGAAAAGUGCGCCAGUAAAGGUUAUAAUCCAGAUCAAGUUGAUGCUUGCAUUGAGGAGUAUGAAGAAUUAAACGUUUGGCAAAUUAACCAAACCAAAACUAGAAUCACAUUUAUUUAAAAUCUUAAAAAUAAUUAGAAAUUAAUGUUUUUCAUGAUUAUAAUCACAUUUAUGUUGUAGUAUGUAGUUAAUUAAAAAUAAGAGUUUUUUGUACCUACUUUUAUAAUAAUUAAAAUAAAUGAUGAAAUAAAA